AUGGACGAGUAUGAUUUGAAAAAGCCUCAGACUCAUGUUGGAAUACUGUUCUGUAGCGAGUGUAACAAUAUGCUCUAUCCAAAGGAGGAUAAGAGGAACAAGUUGUUAAACUACGCCUGUCGGAAUUGUGAUUACACACAGGAAGCGGACAAUCCUUGUGUUUAUAUUAACAAGCUUGAGCAGGAAGUGGACGAGCUCAGUCUCAUCGUUCCGGAUGUUGUCCACGACCCUACUCUUCCUCGGACGGAGGACCACAAAUGUCGCAUUUGCGGGAAACAAGAGGCGGUGUUCUUUCAAUCUCAAACUCUCAAGGCCGAGGAAAAUAUGCGGUUGUACUACGUGUGCACAAACUUAGAAUGUUUGCACAAGUGGACUGAAUGA